AUGCUCAUCAAAAUAUUAUGCCUUCUAGUUUUAUCCCUCCCAGUGCAGGGGCGGAUUGAUCGGCAUCGGAUUGUCUCCAGAUACAAUGUCGGUCGAUCAGCUCUCAUUGAUCAGGAUACUACGCCACUCCAAGUCGGAAAUGGCAAUUUUGCAUUCAAUGUGGAUAAUACGGGGAUGCAAUCAUUUCUCCCGUUCAAUACGCUAUCUAGCUGGGCAUGGCAUAAUGAUUCAUUACCGGAGAAUGGGGAAGACCCUAGUGAUUAUCACGGAGUAGGGAGAAUGACCCACGGCAGGAAUGUGUCCUACGAUAUUCCUGAUCCGAAUCUCCCGCAAGCGUCGCAAUGGCUGAUUUCAAACCCUAAUCGUAUUAAUCUGGGCCGUAUCGGUCUCCAGUAUGAGGGCGCCAAUCUAUCGGCGUCGGAUAUUGCAGAUCCAAUCCAGACGCUAGAUCUCUGGAAUGGGGUCAUCACGUCGACAUUCAAGAUCAACAACGAGAAAGUCAAAGUGGUGACACAGGGCGACUUCGAGUCCGACGGGGUUACUUUCCAGAUCGAGUCUAAGCUAGUUGCUUCAGGAGAUCUGUCUGUGGUGUUGAACUUCCCAUAUCCACCAAUUCAUACUACCAAAUAUAAGUAUGAGGUGUUUGUGGGUGUUGACGAUUUUGCCGCAAACCACACCACUACCAUCGAGAAUGAUUCCACAGAAAAUUCAGCCCAUAUUUAUCAUGAACUGCAAGAAACAAAUUACUUUCUCAACUUGCGAUGGCCGUCCAGCUCUCAUCUUCGAUUGUCUCGAGCAAAUAAUACAACUAAGACGGCGAGACAUCGCUACUCACUCGCGUCCACCUCAUCGUCACCCACCAUAGAAUUCACAGCUCAUUUCUCCCCAGACAAGCAAGUGCCAGACUUACCGUCUUCAAUCAAGCAACGGAAUACCGAAGACUGGAACAAAUACUGGAAAGAAGGUGGUUUUGUGGAUCUGACCUCUUCGUCUAACCCCAAAGCAGAUGAGCUUCAGCGCCGGAUUAUCCUAUCUCAAUACCAUGUCCGGGUGAACAGUGCAGCCAAGGGCCAAUCUCCGCAGGAGAGUGGACUAAUGAAUAAUGGGUGGUACGGGAAAUUCCACAUGGAAAUGGUGGUAUGGCAUAAUGCGCACUGGGCUACAUGGGGACGUCAGAAGCAGUUCAACGAUAUCUUUCCUGCUCUUUACGAGACCUUGUUGCCUUCGUCAAUAGCAAGAGCAAAGGCAAUGGGAUGGGAUGGAGCCAGAUGGCCGAAGAUGACAGAACUCAACACCGGGGUCAGUUCUCCAGGUGGCAUCAAUGGGCUUCUUUUAUGGCAGCAACCUCAUCCUAUGUUCCUGGCCGAACUAGCUUAUCAGGCCUCUCCAACACCAGCAACCCUGAGGAAAUGGGAUAAAGUCCUGUCAGCCACCGCCGAUUACAUGGCCUCAUACGCCUGGAAGAACGAAUCCUCAAGAUAUUAUGAUCUCGGGCCACCAUCAUACGGAGUCACCGAGAACACCCCACCCUCUGAGACACUUAACCUAGCCUACGAGAUCGCAUACUGGCACUACGGCCUCUCCGUUGCCCUUAAAUGGAAAUCUCGCCUCAACCAGCCCCUUCCUAACAAAUGGACCCAAAUAUCUAAGAACCUCGCUCCCCUCCCGCAAGUAGAUGGCCUCUACGCCGUCUACCAAGGUCUCAACAGCUCCUGGUGGAACGACACUUCCCUAACGGGUGACCCACGAAGCCUCAUCAUGCUCCAGGGCAUCCUUCCCGACACACCGGCCGUGGAUCCCAAAACAGCCUUGAGAACCGCCGACAAGGUGCAUGAAGUUUGGACGGAUGACAAGAUCCGCGGAUGGGGAAGACCCGUGCUGGCGAUUAAUUCCGCGAGGAUUGGGAAUCCCGAAAGAGCCAUCUAUCAUCUCACGGCUUACGAGUAUUGGAAGUUUGAUGAUGCUGGAUUUGCCGUCCGUGGAGGUGAUGGGGGUACCCCUCCUCCAUUUAUGCCCGGAAAUGCAGGCUUCCUAUACGCAGUGGCAUAUAUGGUUGCUGGCUGGAACGGAUCUCACGGUCACGCACCUGGAUUUCCUAAAGACGGAAGUUGGACCGUGAAAACGCCUUUAUCACUGCCACCUGCUGCUGCAUUGUACCUGUUCCAACUCGAAAUCGAGUUCGACACAAUGAAGUUCUUCAUUGUCAUCCUCACACUAGCCCUGACCAAUCUCAUCUGGGCCCAAUCUUCUGAUAACGACAAGAAACAUCACUGUGUCGUUGGAUUGACGACUGCCGACUACCCGGAAUCCGGCAACCCGGAAAUCAUCCUCCAGGGCUAUUGUCAAGACAACUCGACAACCGGUGCACCUGAAUCGGUCUUAUACACCAAAGCCGAGUGCGACGCCAUGCGCGACCCGAUCAUCAGCACUCUGGUCAAGAUGUACGGUCAGAAUGACAUCGGCCAACACCAGUAUGUCCCGGAAUACGGAUAUAUCAAAGAGAUUCUAAAUGAUACAAUGGGAGAACCUCCAAGCACGAACGCAACAAAGAACUUCGACACGUGGAUCAAAACAUAUGGCAAUCAAACGGCAUGGGUCACCUUUAUGCAUGCUCAAAUGUAUGGUGCCCUGGAACAGUCCAAGGAAAAGGGCAAGUAUCCGGAAUGCACACCUGGCGAUCAAUAUAUCACGGAUGAAAAUCGCCUGUGUCUUGAGGAGCGUCUCAAUGUUCAUAUUCAAACUGGGCAGUGUGGUAACCAAAUUGGGAGCGCAUUUUGUCUCCUAAUUUUCCCGUACUUUCUGACAGGCAAACCAUCGCGGGAGAACAUGGCGUUGACUAUUCUGUUCUGGCAUGCGAAUAAAAACAAGUAUGCCCCUCGUGCCGUCCUCGUCGACCUGGAACCAGGCAACAUGGACUCGAUCCGCGGUGGUCCCUUCGGCCAGCUCUUCCGUCCUGAUAACUUCGUCCAUGCCCAAGCCGGCGCUGGAAACAACUGGGCCAAGGGCCAUUACACGGAGGGCGCUGAGCUGGUGGAGAAGGUGGUUGAUGUUGUACGCCGUGAAGCUGAGGCCUACGAUUAUCUGCAAGGCUUCCAGAUCACGCACUCACUUGGUGGUGGCACAGAAUCAGGCUUUGGGACUCUCCUGAUUGCUAAGUUCCGGGAGGAGUUCCCGGAUCGCAUGAUGGCGACCUUUUCGGUCCUGCCUUCGCCGAAGGUAUCAAAUGUUGUUGUGGAGCCCUAUAAUGCCACGCUGUCAGUACACCAACUUGUCGAGCACUCGGAUGCCACUUUCUGCAUUGAAAAUGAAGAAUUAUUGGGUCGUCUUUGA